GAUAAGAACUUAAAAAAUUUUAUAAAAAAAAAGAAAGAAACGAAACAUAGAAUACAAUUUUGAGAUUUAAUAAACUGUAUUUGAAGAUUAAAAAUAAUUUAAAACUACUCGUAUCGCUACUAAAAGGUCACACAUUCUACAAGGAAUAACUUGACACAGAAAACCUUUCAAUAUCAGAAAAAGCCACUACAGUCAACAAAAAAUAUACUAAAAUGAGCUGGCAAGAUUAUGUGGAUAACCAACUUUUGGCCUCGCACUGUGUAACAAAAGCUUGCAUUGCUGGACAUGAUGGCAAUAUUUGGGCUCAAUCUAAGGGAUUCGAGGUAACAAAGGAAGAAUUGGCGAAAUUAAUCGCAGGAUUUGAUCAGCAAGACCUGCUCACGAGCAAUGGUGUUACAUUAGCUGGUCAAAGGUACAUUUACCUUUCUGGUACAGAUCGUGUAGUCCGCGCUAAGUUGGGACGCAGCGGAGUGCAUUGCAUGAAAACUACACAAGCCGUAAUCGUUUCUAUUUAUGAGGAUCCUGUUCAACCUCAACAAGCCGCAUCUGUAGUAGAGAAGCUUGGAGAUUAUCUGAUUACUUGCGGGUACUAGGAAUAAUCCAUAAUAAUAAAAGUAAUAAUAUAAUAAUAAAUAAUAAAAUCAUUAAAGCAGAAAAAAUAUCUUCUAUAAAAUCUAUUUUGGAAUAAUUUCAUACGAAAAAAUAAAGCCGCAGUAAAUAAAACUAAUA